GUACAUGCAAGUUCUACUGAGAAUCCUGAAGAAGCGUCAUUCUUUGAAUCAUUUAAAGCUGCACAUUCUCUGCAUGACUUAUCUAGCUCUAUAGCAAAUAAACUGGGUGUCAAAGCACCACCUGUGAGAAUAGAUAGCCAGGCAAAGUAUGGCGCUCUGUCCAGAGGAGAUGGAGCAAUAUACCUACAUUUCCCUCAUAAAGGAUACUGUGAAAAAAUAUGGGACCAUGCAGCUGGAGCUAUUGUCGUGACAGAAGCUGGGGUUGUUGUCAUUGAUGCUGGAGGAAAUCCUUUGGAUUUCUCCAAGGGGAGGUAUCUUGACCAGGACACGGGCAUAAUUGUUACCAAUCCAAAGCUGAUGCCUAUGCUUUUGAAGGCAGUUAGAGAAUCUUUUGAUGAGAAAGCUUCGUCCUUGUGAUUUUAACCAUGGCCUCUCUAUUCAAAUCUUGUGUGUUAUGCUAUCCGUUUUUGUUUCUGCUUUUGCAUGGGUGGACUUUCGAUGAUGCAGCUGUAAGAAUUCAAAAUUCUAAGUGAAAUUGGAUAAUAAGAACUUCUAGCCAUGGAGGCUUGCAAUUC